UAUGACCGGUAUGACUCAGUUUGUAUAUGGAUAUUCAACCUAACAAAAAAAAAUAAUUUACUAGUCUUUACCACUUACGUUCGAAGUGUCACACACUUGGAUAAUUCUUUGUCGAUUUUUUAGUUUUUUUUCAUUCGUCUUUAACAUUUUUUGGUCAAAUCAUCCGCUUUUCUUCACUGCAGAAAAAAAAACAAACUUUCCCGAGGCCCUGUGGCCUUUGGGUACCCAAAUUAUUCUUUUGUUUUGUUUUGGUUUAUUAAUUUUUCCAUUACACCAUUGCACACAAGUCCAGCGAAGCGAAAAUAAUCCAAAAUUUCAAGAUGUCUAAUCGUAACGGCAUUACCAGCAACGACUAUGUCGGUUUCGACCAGUUUAUGUUAGAGCAAAAUUUUCUGCCUAAUCCUCAAAUCUACUCCAAUACCGGCCUACCAUACUACGUUCAACCGAAUUUCACCGUUCAUCCGACAUAUCCUCAGCAACCGUCUAAUCAAAUUCCACAACACGAAACGACUGAAGAUAUUGUUCGGAACUCGAAUCUGUUGCCGACUGCAAAUGAAUUUGUGCCGCAGACUUUUCCGGCUACUGGUGACCAAGCAGUACAGUCAGUGUCGUCGACCCAGUUAAAUGUUGAGAAUGAGGCCAAACAGGGAGCAAUUAGGAAGACAUCAUCGAAUCGAUAUCCGAAAAAUAAGGAAAAUAAUCAAGGUGGUCGUGGCGUAAGGCGCAACGAACGGAAUCGAGACUGGAACCAGCGAGUGGAGAACCGUACAGCUGGUAGUGGACGUACAGCCAGUCAAUAUCAAAAUGAUGAUCGCGGCACGUACGGCCGUCAAAAUUAUCCGAAAGCAAAUUAUGAUCGUGGAAUGUACCGCAACGGCGAAUCUGACAAUCGUCGCAGCCAUCACUACGAUCGCUCAAGGAACAACUAUUAUUCGGAAAAUUAUAACGAAAAGAAAUCGCAUCAGAACUCACACGGUUUCGACUCCAAAGGUGCGUCGAGCUCCACUAAAGGUGCGGAAAAAUUCGUCGUUGCUGCCAAGCCCAGCGAGGUGGACAACAAAUGUUCGCAACGUGAAAAACUCAUCCGAGAGAUCGAUGCCGGCAAAUUGGAAUGCCUCAUUUGCUGCGAGAAUAUUAAGACGUGGAAUCAGACAUGGAAUUGUGGCAACUGUUUCCACAUCAUACAUUUGAAUUGUGUCGUCAAGUGGGCGAACAGUUCAGUCAAUAGCGGCAGUUGGAGGUGCCCGGCCUGUCAGAAUAUUUCCGAAUCGAUACCGAAGCAUUAUUACUGUUUCUGCAAGAAACUCCAGAAUCCCGAGUACAAUCGCAGUGACAUAGCGCACAGUUGUGGAGAGUUGUGCGAGAAAACUGACGGAUGCGAGCACAGUUGCAAAUUGUUAUGUCAUCCAGGUCCUUGCCCUCCAUGUCAGGUAAUGGUGACACGGAAAUGCGGUUGCGGUCGCACUCAGAAAACCAUGCAAUGCUGUCAGAAAGCACAAAUCCAAUGCGAGGACAUCUGUGACAAGGAGCUAAACUGUACGGCACAUCGAUGCAGUCAGAAAUGCCAUUUAUGGUCAUGCAACGAUUGCGAAGUGAUGGUCGAACAUAAGUGCUAUUGCGGAAAGGAUCGCAAGGAGAUGCUCUGCACCCGAGACAAUAACCAAACGUUGAAAUACUCGUGCGGUAAACCGUGUCACCAUCAGCUGAGCUGCAAAAAUCACAAAUGCAAGGAGACCUGUCAUUCGGGCGAAUGUGGCGAAUGCAAUUUAAGUCCUGCAUUCGUUACAUCGUGUCCAUGUGGAAAUACGCCACUGCUUAGUGGUGACCGAAAAUCGUGUUCCGAUCCGAUUCCCCUGUGUAAUUCGACGUGCGGCAAAGUGCUGAAAUGUGGACCACCCAACAAACCGCAUAAGUGUGCAAUGAAAUGUCACAGCGGUGCUUGUGGUCCGUGCAGCAAAGAAACGGCCGUUAAGUGUCGCUGUGGUAACAUGGACCAAAUGAUAAAGUGUCGUCAAUUACAAACACGAGCCGAUGAUGCCCGUUGCAAGAAACGAUGCAAAGUAGUGCGAAGUUGCGGUAAACAUAAAUGCAAUUCUGAAUGCUGCAUAGACAUCGAUCACAUCUGUCCAACAGUCUGCAAUAACCGUUUGCCUUGUGGUAAGCAUAAGUGCGAUCAGCCGUGUCACAGAGGCAAGUGUUCGCCGUGCUAUCGAUCGUCGUUCGAUGAACUGUAUUGUGAAUGCGGAGCAAAUGUUAUUUAUCCACCGGUACCUUGCGGAACAAAGAGACCAGCCUGUGAUCGACCCUGUUCACGUCCUCAAUCCUGUGAUCAUCCCGUUCAGCACAAUUGCCAUUCGGGUAAUUGUCCGCCAUGCAUGGCAUUCACCACUCGAUACUGCCACGGAAAACACGAGCAACGUAUGACCAUUCCAUGUAGCCAGGAAGAUUUCAGCUGUGGUAUGCCCUGCGGAAAACCGUUGCUUUGUGGCCAACAUAAAUGUUUGAUGAAAUGUCACACUGGUCCGUGCGAGAACGAGCGCAGCGAAUGCAAACAACACUGUCCCAAGGUGAGGAAUCUCUGCGGACAUCUUUGCAAUGCUCCGUGUCACCUUGGCGAUUGUCCCGAAACGGCUUGCCGGGAAACCGUCGAAGUUUCGUGUGAAUGCGGCGGCCGCAAACAGAAUCGCAGUUGUUACGAUUUUUCGAAAGAAUACCGUCGCAUCACCACGGCCAAGCUGGCCAGUUCCAUGGAGGACAUGCAACGCGGGAAUUCGGUUGAACUGGCUGAUCUACUCGGUCCGAUGAAAAUAUCCAAAACUAUCGAAUGCAACGAUGAGUGCCGGGCGAAGCGUAUGGCAAUCGGCCUUCAGCUACAGAAACCGGAGACAACAUCGAAACUUGCACCGAAAUAUUCCGAGUUUGUACGCGGUUGGGCGAAAAAGGAUCCAACUUUGGUGGGAAUGAUUCAUGAAAAGCUGUCGGAGCUGGUUAAGCUGGCGAAGGAAAGUAAACAGCGAUCUCGCAGUCAUUCGUUUCCGACAAUGAAUCGAGAGAAGCGACAGCUCGUUCACGAGAUGUGCGCUAUGUUUGGCGUUCAGUCCGUUGCCUAUGACGCGGAACCAAAUCGUAACGUUGUGGCUAGUGCCACAAAAGAGACGACCUGGUUGCCAAGUAUGAGUAUUUUCGAGGUGUUACAGAGGGAGAGCGGACAACGACGCAUACCAGUACCCAGCAAUCAUGCAUGGGGAGUUAAACGUUAAGUGAUUUGUCAAUUUGCUGAAUUGUUUAUUUUUACAGCAAGUCCAAAUGGAGUAACGGUUUAUUUCGAAUUGAUUAAAAAUUCAUUGAAUGAAAAAUCA